CGUUGCGUUAUCAAUGUCAUCAUGCUAUCAUUUGUAUUCAGAUGGAACAUCCUGAAAAGCGUUAUUACAAAUUGAACCGAUUUUUGUUAUUGGCCAGUGGACUAUGGCCUUAUCAAAGCGUAUGGAGCGGUCGCUUAAUUAGAGGCAUUAUUACUGUCAUUACACUAUCCAGUAUAUUUAUUCAGCUAAAUAGCAUUUUCACGUCCAACAUCAAUAGGGAGUUCAUGGUGUUUGCGAUACAAGUAUUGCUAGUUACAAUAGGGAGCUUAUUCCAUCUAUAUGAACAUACCGGAAACUUAGACAAAUUUAAAAAAUUAUUUGAGUGUAUGUGGCAAGAUUGGUCUUUGCUAAAAACAAACGAUGAAAUCAGGAUUAUGCAUCAACAUGCCGAAAUCACGAAAUUAUUUACGUUUUAUUAUGCAGUUCUGUUGUAUGGAUGUCAAAUUAUGUACUUCAUAUGGAUGUUUAUGCCAGAAAUCCUCGAUGUUAUAUCACCCAUGAAUGAGUCUCGGCCGCGAAGGAAUCCUUUUGAUUAUGAUUUCUUUAUCGAUGAGGAGCGGUAUUUUUACUUAAUUCGAUUCUGCAUAGCCAUCGUGCUUAUUGUCUCACCAUUACCUUUUCUUGCCAGUUCCACUCUGUUUCUAGCUCUCACACAGCACGUUUGCGCAAUGUACAAGUUAUUAGGGUAUCGCGCGGAGCAUUUAUUUUACGUUAUUGGGAGCGCAGCAGUAAACGAUUUAAAUCGUGGAAUAAGAAUAAGAUGUGGAAACAUGGCGAUUUUUGUACGGCUACAUUACAACAUCAUACAAUUCAUUGAGGUAAUCGAAACUUGUUACACAAAUCUAUUCCUAUUGGACCUCAUGGGAUGUGUAUGUUCGUUAAGUUUUACGUUAUCGCAGAUAUCAAACAUUAUCGGCAAUAUGGAAGUAGCUAUUAGAUCUAUCGGUUUCACUAGUGCAGUGUUGUGUUAUUUAUUCAUACAUAAUUACAUGGGACAAAGAAUCACAGAUAUGAACUCAAGUAUAUGUGAGAAAUUUUAUUUCAGAACAGAACUCAUUAUUGUUAAUAAUGAGACGAUGCCUCCACCCACUUGUCCUGACUGCCUGCAAGUUUUACGUGAUGUCUUUACAAAGUUUUGGAAUGGAACUAUUGGAACAUAUGUGGUACGAUUAGACGUUGCAAAAGAUACGAUGAAAUCAAAAUCAUGCUCGAGCAUGCUGAAACCACAAGAUUAUGGACACUUUAUUAUUUUGGUAAGAAAAAUGUUAAACUUCGCUUUAUCUGCAAGAGAUGCGCUUAUUUAUAAAAUCGCAGAUAUAUUUCCGCACAUGAUAUUGCGAGACUAUCGUGCUCUCUUCAUUAUCGGUAACGAAUAUAUAGCCAUAAAAAAUUUACGGUGAUUAAUAUAUCCACUUUUGUAUUGUUAUUUAUAAGGAAAAUAUAAAAAAUUUAUUUAUCAUAAAUCAUUUUUAAUCUAACGCAACAUUUU